AUGGCUGAGGGCAGCUCCUCGAGGGCCGAGACCCCGGUCCCUGACGCUGAGACGCUGCAGGUCCUGCGCGAUAUGGCCAACCGCCUGCGCAUCCGUGCCAUCCGCGCUACCUGCGCCGGCCACCCCACUUCGAGCAGCAGCGCAGCCGAGAUCACGUCGGUGCUGUUAUACCACACCAUGCGCUACCUGCAGGACGAGCCUGAGAACCCGGACAACGACCGCCUCAUCCUCUCCAAGAGACUGCCAUUCAUGGAUAUGGUGCCUGGCUGGCUGGAGCAAGGACUCGGCGCUGCAUGUGGCAUGGCUUAUAUGGGCAAGUACUUUGACAAGGCCAGCUACCGAGUCUACUGUCUGAUGGGAAUCAGCGAGGCCUCCGAAGGUUAUGUCUGGGAGGCCUUGGCCUUUGCCUCCCACUACAACCUGGAUAAUCUCGUGGUCAUCUUUGAUGUCAACCGCUUGGGGCCGAGCAGCGCCCUGCCAUUGGAGCAAUGCACAGCUCUCUACAAGAUGCGUUGUGAGGCCUUUGGGUGGAACACUUACAUAGUGGAUGGACAUGACGUGGAGGCACUGUGCCAGGCAUUUUGGCAAGCAACUCAAGUAAAGAACAAGCCCACGGCUGUGGUGGCCAAGACCUUCAAGAGUCGAGGGAUUCCAAACAUUGAGAGUUUGGAAAACUGGCACGGGAAGCCAAUGCCGAAAGAACGAGUGGAGGCAAUUAUCGAGCUGAUUGAAAGCCAGAUAGAGACCAACCAGGACCUGGUGCCCAAGCCCCCAGUGGCGGACUCGCCUCGCUUCAACAUCGAGGAGGUGAUCAUGACUAUACCUCCUGCCUACAACAUCGGCGACAAGGUGACCACUAGGAAAGCCUACGGCCUGGCUCUGGCCAAACUGGGCCAUGUGAACAACAGAGUGAUUGCCCUCGACAGCGAUGCCAAGAAUUCCACCUGCUCAGUGAUCUUCCAGAAAGAGCACCCAGAGCGUUUCGUUGAGUGCUUUGUUGCGGAGCAGAACAUGGUUGGUGUGGCCCUGGGCUGUGCCGUACGUGGGCGAGCCAUCACCUUUGCCAGCACCUUUGCUGCCUUUUGGGCCCGAGCCUUUGACCAAAUCCGGAUGGCUGCCAUCUCAGAAACCAAUGUCACCCUUGUGGGCUCCCACUGCGGCGUGUCUGUGGGGGAGGAUGGGCCCUUGAAGAUGGCCCUGGAGGACCUCGCCAUGUUCCGAGUCAUUCCAAACUGCACAAUUUUCUAUCCAAGUGACGCCGUCUCCACAGAACAUGCUGUUUAUCUGGCCGCCAACAUCAAGGGCAUGUGCUACAUCCGGACCAGUUACCCAGAGACCUCAGUCAUUUAUUCCUCUGAAGACCGCUUUGAGGUUGGCCAGGCCAAGGUGGUCCGCCAGAGUGCUGACGACAAGGUCACAGUCAUUGGAGCCGGGGUGACACUGCACGAGGCCUUAGAGGCUGCUGAUGAGCUUUCCAAGGAAGGUAUUGCCAUCCGUGUCAUCGACCUGUUCACCAUCAAACCCCUGGAUGCCGCCACCAUCAUCUCCAACGCGCAUGAGACUGGUGGCCACGUAGUCACCGUGGAGGACCACUACAAAGAAGGUGGCAUUGGGGAAGCCGUCUGUGCUGCUGUCUCUAUGGAGCCUGGCAUCCUGGUCUACCAGCUGUCAGUGUCAGGAAUCACUUCCAGCGGGCCACCCAGCAAGAUACUGGACAAGUUCGGGAUCAAUGCCCACUGCAUUGUGGCGACCGUGCACAGCAUCAUCAUGAACCAGAUCAUCUGAGUCAGGCCACAAGUGGCUCAGCUGCCAGGGCCCUUGGGCGCUAACAUCUUUAUACUGCAUUCAAGUUUGUUAGAAAUCUAGCUUAAUCAUACAGUUUAAAGCAAAUCUGAUUGAUGAUACCCUAAUAC